CCCUUUACAAAACUAAUAGCUUUUUAAGAAUUAUUUCGUCGAAUUUUAAAGAAUUUUAGCACUUUUUCGUUUCAACAAGUGGGUGGGGUAAUGUUCCAAAAAAAUAAAUCGUAUACUGCAAACCGAUAACGACCCAUUUUACCCGGGAACAGUCAUUCAGUGGAAUUAACUACCUCCAAAUGUACAUUAGGCAGCCUCAGUAGAUAUUUUCAAAACCCUUCCUUCUGUGUUCAUAUCUUGGUAAAAUGCCAGGUCAUCCUUCAAGGUCAAAGGCCAAAUAGAGCGGGUGCACCUAUUUCCGAACAACGUCUAAUUCCGAACGAAAAUUUAAACAUUUAAAAACAAUAUAAUUCAAGCAUGAACUCUGACAUAUGACAUCAUAUUUAUGACAUCAUAACUUAACUCUUUCCGUUUCGUCCAUGUUUGAGCGGCAACGAAGUUAAAUUUUGAAGAAUCUCGGAAAGUCGUUUCACCAACCAGUCAAAUAUUAUGAGUCGUCAAUUACAAGCAAAACGUAGAAAGUACGACCCAGAAGUGGUUGGUCGUGCAGUCGAAAUAAUAAAAUCGGGUACAAUGACGCUUGGCCAGGCUUCCAAAACGUAUAAAAUACCCAAAACAACACUCCAUGAUCGUGUCCGUGGGAAGUACGCAACUGACCAUAUCGGUGCGAAGACCGUCCUCAGUGCUGACGAAGAGCAACGAAUUGCCAACUAGGUGGUCCAUAUGAGUAGGGUUGGCUACGGUCGAACAAGACAUGAGCUGUGUACGGUUGUCCAGAAGAUUAUCAAUGACGCUGGCAGAGAAACCCCUUUUCUCGAAAACAAACCGGGACGGCAAUGGUUGCGUGGGUUUUUUAAGCGUCAUCCGUAUUUGUCCGUCCGCACAACUAUCCAAUUAGGAAAGGAGCGGGCCGUCAUCACUACAGAGAAAAUUCAGCGUUGGUUUGCCGAAUUUGAACGCUACGUUAAGGAUGAGCUCAAAGAUGAAACUCUGCUGCUUGAUCCUAGUAGAAUCUACAACGCAGACGAGACGGGGUUCUCUUUGUGUGCACACAAGAAUAGUAAGGUUGUUGCAAAAAAAGGAGACCCCGUCGUAUAUCAUUUUGGCAACUCGGACAAGACUCAGAUGACGGUGAUGGCAGCAGCAAGUGCUUCUGGUCACUUCGUAACGCCAAUGAUAAUCUACCCUGGCCAACGCUUCGCAUACGACCCCUUAGAUGGCUUUGAGGAAGCUGCGUUUGGUCGUUCUGAAAACGGUUGGAUGGACUGCGAGGUUUUCGUUUGUUGGCUAAAAAACGUUUUCAUACCUGAUAUUAACGCCCGCCAAGUAAAGAAACCUGUGUUGUUAUUGAUAGAUGGGCAUUCUACGCACAUCACAAUGAAAGCAUCAGACACAUGCCUUGAAAAUGGAAUCGAGCUUUACUGUCUACUUGAACACUCAUCACACUUGAUUCAGCCUCUAGACCUCAGAUUUUUUGGCACACUUAAGGCAGCAUGGCGGCAGUCAGUGCGCGACUGGCAAACCCAUAACGUUGGUCAGUUCGUUACGAAACAGAAUUUUGCGAGAGUGUUCAAGCAAGCUUGGACUGCAAGUACAACGGUUGACGCUGCAGUGAAAGGUUUCCACGAAUCUGGCCUAUUCCCUUUUGACCCGACUAAAGUGAUGCACUCGAUGAAACUGCAGCCAAGUGCAAUAUUUUCAGGAGAGCAGCUUCUCACGUCGUCACCAGCCAAUGAUGUUUCGGUGAGCCAUCAUAAUCAGCCUGGCGCCUCACCCGCCCGUGUAGAAACGUUGCCUAUCCAACCAGUCGCCCCGUCUGUCACCACACUCGACCAAUCUGUGGACAUACCGGUAUUAGUAACAAAUAAUUCGGUCGUCCUGUUGGAGAGACAGCCCAACCAGUCCGUCACUGCGACUGCCAUCGCACCGUCGGAGAGUCAGCCCAACAAGUCCGUGACUCCGACUGUAAUGCUACCCAACCAGUCAGGCGCCCCGUCGGAUAUUCAGCCGAGCCAGUCCGUCACUCCGACUGUCAUACUACCCCUACAGUCAGUCGCCCCGUUGGACAGUCAGCCCAACCAGACAGACGCCCCAAAUAUCAUGUUAGACAGGCCAUCGGUCACUCUGUCUGUCAUACAACCCAACAGCCCCCCGACUGUCACGCUACCCAAUCAACUGAUCGGAAUGUCCGACAGCCAACCCAACCAGUCCGUCGCCCAAACUGUAAUGGUAACCAACCAGUCAGAAGUUCCAUCUGUUUCACCAUCCAACCAGUUGGUCACCUCGACGGUCCUUCUCACCAAGAAGUCGGCGACUAAUGAUGUAUCGCCAGUAAAUAAGACAAACUCACCUGGCUACUCUCCCUUUUCAAAGCAUUUGAAAUUACCGACAUUAUCGUCACUCACCGAAAAGCAAAAGCCAAAUGUCCAACGGGUUCUCAUGCCUAAAGCCAUCACAGGGUCUACCUAUCGCUCUCUGUUGCAGGAAAAGAUACAAAAGAAAGAGAAAGAACUGCAACAGAAAAGUGAACGAAAAAGAAUAAGAGAAGAAAAUAAGAAAAGGAAAGAGGAAGAGAAAAAACUAAAAAAUGCUGAACAGGAAAAAAAGAGGGAGGCAAGAAAGGCUGAAAAACAACGCAGACUUACCAUAAAAAGAAGAAAACAAGAGAACGAGGAGGCAAUUCUUCGGGAAAUCAAUGAUUCGUUAUCAGACAGCGACGUCCAAGUUGAGGCCGGCAAAUGUUUUACGUGUGAGAAGACGUAUGACAACUUUAUUGAAUGCACUAACUGUGGCCGGAGAUUUCAUUUUGCAUGUGUUGACAUAGAAAAUCAGUUGAUUUGCGAUGAACUUCCUUUUGAAUGCAAAUAUUGUUGAAAUUUGAAAGUGCAUAACUGUCCAAAUUGUUGAAAACAUGUUAUUGUUUUGAUUGUUCGUGAAAUAAAUUAGUCUGACUGUUU